AUGGUAGUUAUUAGUGCAGAAAUUUCGACACAACAAAAGAUCAGCAAGUUUGCUGGUGAAGAAUUUGAUGUGAGUAAUGUGCGCACUGUUUUCGCUGGUGCUUCUAAAGAUAACAUUAAACGUGCUGAUCGCGUUAUCUUAUUAGUUGGACCAAUUGGGAGUAAUAAAUCAAAUCUAAUUGAUUGUAUGUGUAAUUAUUUUUACGGUGCUAAAUUCGAUGGCGCUCGAUAUAAAAUUGCUGAUGAAAUAUUUGACCGGCAUAGUACGCCGAUGAAAUCAAUCACCAAAUAUGUUUUCAAUGCAACGGCUAUGUCAUUUCGACCAGUAAUAAUCGAUACGCCAGAAAUUACUAUCGACAGCGAACUACCAAUGAAAGCAACAGCCCGCACAUUACAUGACUUUUUAGUUGAAAGUCCACAUAUACAUAUCAAUGCAUUAUGUGUUGUCUUAAAAUUUGACGAAGCAUCUAUCAGUAAGGAUGAAAAAAUAAUAUCGGAAGCGAUCAACUUGUUUCCACCUUAUAUGUUACCGAGUACAAUAAUACUCUUUUCAUCAAACGAUGAGAAACCUUCUUUACCAUCAUCGAUCAAGCUAGUAUUACGUGAUCUUAAUUUGAAUUACAACAAAUUUUAUUUCUUCAGUGAUUAUUACCUAAAACACAAUAAAGAGAACAAACAAGAUGAUGAAAUAGAAAAUCAAAAAGAGAGGCAAAGUUGGAAUUUGUCAAUGAGUGAAUUAGAUCGUUUCUUUGAACAAGUUAGACGUUUGAAUCCGCGACAAAUUAUUCCUGACGAAAAUAUCGAAUUCCUCGAUAAAGAAAUGAUGCAGCACACAUCAGCUUUUGCACCAUCUACAAGAGCUGUCCCACAUGAACGGAUUAUUCCAAUCAAAUUGGUCGAUCGAGAAUCGAUAAGUGUAAAGACAUCGGCAGCUCUAAAAAAUUGGAAUUCGCCUGUAAUUAAGCGAUAUUUCUAUGAUCCGGAAACGAUGACACAUAGAGAAUAUGUGAUGAGCUUACAAAAAAAUGGAAAACUAUCGGCUGGGGAGUACGCCAAUGUUCAUAAUUUUGAUACUGUGACACCAAUCUAUAAAGCGCAUGAGACAUUGAUAAAUGAUAUUCCACUAGAAAAUCAAGCUAUGAAAGGACGAGAAUUAUCAUCAGAUGAAAAUGGAGUAGCAUAUUUAUACGUAAGGAGUACUCCACCACCGGAAUAUAGCACUGAAGCGGUAGCUGUUCUUCAUCAGCCAUCAGAUGAUGCCGAAUCGGGAAAAACGAAGAUUAAAAAACGACUAUCGACAGCGAUCGACAUGGAAUCACAACAAAAGGCACAUUCUCAAUAUUCAAAAUCAGCAGUUCAACGGCAAAUUGCUAGACGUACAUCCAGCGGAUCGGAACAUUCCAAAAGUUAUGGUUUGUCACCGCAGCAGCAACAGUUACCAAAACGGCAAAUCAAGCAAACGAACCAAGUAAUCAAGAGAUUAGAAGAUACUGUUCCAAGCACAAAAUAUGCUAUUCAUAGUAGAGCUUCUCAACGACAGAACGAUCAAGAACAUAGAAAUUACUUGAAAACACCGAAAAUGAAACGAUCUAAAUCACCAAUUCUACUACGAUUACUGAUGAGCAAGAAAAAACUACAUCCUUCUACAAGUUUCACUGAUGCACAGGAACAGUUAGAUAAAAGCUUUGAGCAACCACGGGCACUGGAAACUGAUCAAAGCUUACAGUCGCCAUUGAGAAGCUAUGGACAAUUGAUACAUGACGAUGAAAUGGAGGAAGAACGACAAGAUGGGACGAUUCAUUUGUCCGAAGAAAGUCCAACAACAGCAGCAAUUUCUCGACAAAUACUUCGUACAGAAAAAGCUUGGGUUGGAAUGAAAUCUGGUCGCGAUGUCAAUGAACGUGAUGAAUUGCUUGAUGUUAAGGAAUUAAAUCUCGAAGAAGGCCUUACACCACAUCCAUACAAAACGGAUCCAUGCAUAGCAGUAACAGUCGUAAAUCGUAGAAAGGAUUGUUCGGCUGAGCGUAAAAAGAAAGUAUUGAAGUUGUUCUGUUUCGUUUUUUGCCCAAUUUUGUGUUCAAUUAUCGCUGCUGUUGUACUUUUCAUACUUCUUUUCGUUCUUUGA